CGCGCGGUGCGGCGGCGCGUCCUCUCCGCAGCGUCAAACAGGCUUCCUGCUCCUCACAGCACCGCGACACAGGGAGAGGGGAAGAGACAGGUCGACCUGCCUCAUAUCCACCGUGACCCAAGCAGCUGAGAGGAGCGACAGACGGAGAGGAAGGACGGAAGGAGGAAGAUUAUCCUGACUCCCUCCUCCUCCUCCUCCUCCUCGGAGUGCUGCAGCUUCUUCUGCGGUAACGGACCGUACAGUAUCAGUGGACGGCGCCAGGAGACAGCACGAGCUUAUAAUAAGCUUGCUAAAAUGACGGGACCGUUGUGUGGCUGAGGGGACGGUGACAGAGAGCAUGCUGCUGUUCGUGUUUGGCUGAAUGAGGAAACAUGAUGACCAUCCUCAGCUCGGUGUGUCCUGUCAACAUCAGACCUUCUGAAGCCUCCUCACUCCUCUGCUAGCAGAGCUGAAGGAGCUGGGCUUCGUUACAACCACACUCUGAGUCUACAGGAAAAGCAAAACAACUGCAAGGGAUCCCAGCGUGAGGCCGCUCCACGUUUCCAGGAUACAGUUUCCCCUCCACGAUGGUGAGUCACGCCCCCUCUCUGUUGGACCGUUUCUGUGAAUAGCCGGUUGCUCAAAGGCGAAAGGAUCUCAGCUCAGCGCCUGAAUAAAGCCCUCUUCCCUCAGCACAGCGUGGGAGAGGGUGCCACUGCUGUGCUGGUGUGGCAUCUCUGCAGGCUGAUAACUGGAAUGAAAGCAGUGUUGGGCGAUCAACUUUCUCUCUGAGCUGCUCACCUUUCACACAGCGGGGCCGGGACUGUCAGCGGGACGACAGAGAGACUCUCACACAGACAGGAUCAGCUGAGCGGGACAGAGGAGAGGCUGGAAACAUCUUUAUAAGAUUUAGGAGGCAUACAAGAGUCAUGCUAUUGUUUGGAUGACCUCUUCACUGGAUUAAGCCUCUUCAGCUGACAUUUUUUCAUCCCAGUCGGGGCCCAGUGGGGCUGUUUGGUGGGAACAAGGUGACCUGGUGUUGAUUCUUCUGCUUUAUGAGUUUUCAUCACAGGGACAGUGUGUCUGAGUGGCAGGUGGAGCCAGCAUGGCCAAGCCUCUGCUGAAGAUACAGCGUUAUUUCCGCAGGAAGCCUGUCCGCUUCUUCUCCCUCAUCCUCCUCUACCUGACAGCUGGCAGCCUCGUCUUCCUGCACUCUGGCUUCGUCGGGGACGGCAGCUCGGGCGGCAGAGGGAGCCGGGACUCUGUGGUGUCUUCAGGGACUUCGUCGGCUGACACUCGGGGGCUCAGCAUCAUGAGCAGAGUGUUCAAGGAGACACGCAGGUCUGGGUGGAGGUACGGCCCCCCGUGGAUGAAGAAGACCAGGCAGGAGGGCAAGACGGUGCGCAGAGGGGGGGACUAUACCAACAACUGGAACCGUGCACUUAAAGGACGCAAUGCCAAAGACAUAGACGAUGGAAGAGCGAAAUAUAUCGGCUGUUAUGUGGACGACACACAGAAAAGAGCACUGAGAGGAGUUUCCUUUUUCGACUACAAGAGGAUGACUGUAUUUCGUUGCCAGGACAACUGUGCAGAAAGAGGCUACAUGUAUGCAGGUCUAGAGUUUGGAGCAGAGUGUUAUUGUGGCCAUAAGAUCCAGGCGCCCAAUGCUUCAGACAGCGAGUGUAACAUGGAGUGUAAAGGAGAGAAGAACAACCAGUGUGGAGGAGCCAACAGGCUGUCCAUCUACAGACUGGAGCUGAGCCAGGAGUCUGCACGCCGCUAUGGCAGCGCUAUUUUCAAAGGAUGUUUCCACCGACCUGACAACGUCACUGUGGCGCUUCCCUUCAGCGCCGUCAUCCAGAACAUGUCUGUGGACAAGUGUGUGGACAUGUGCACAGAGAGGGAGAAAACCCUGGCCGUCCUGGCUGGAGAUCGAUGCCUCUGCGGCUUCCCAACUCCUCUCUUCUCACUGCAUGAGCCGGAGGACGAAGGCAUGUGUCUGCACCGCUGCCACAGCGAGGAGUUUGAGAGCUGUGGGAAUGAGGAGUACUUUGUGGUGUACCAGACGCAGGUUCAAGAUAACCGCUGCAUGGACCGUCACUUCCUGUCCACUCGUGCCAAGCAGCUUGUCGCCCUCGCCAGUUUCCCCGGGGCCGGAAACACAUGGGCUCGCCACCUCAUAGAGCUCGCCACUGGCUUCUACACCGGCAGCUACUACUUUGAUGGAUCUCUUUAUAAUAAAGGGUUUAAAGGGGAGCGGGACCACUGGAGGAGCGGGAGGACGAUCUGCAUUAAGACACACGAGAGCGGCAGGAAGGAGAUCGAAGCCUUUGACUCGAGCAUCCUCAUGAUCCGAAACCCAUACAAAGCCCUCAUGGCAGAGUUUAACAGGAAAUACGGCGGCCAUAUUGGAUUUGCCUCCCAGGCUCACUGGAGAGGGAAAGAGUGGCCAGAGUUCGUGAGGAACUACGCCCCCUGGUGGGCAUCCCACACGCUGGACUGGCUGACUUACGGGAAGAACGUCCACGUGGUCCACUUCGAGGAUCUGAAGAGGGACCUGUUCGCCCAGCUGAAAGGGAUGGUCCAGUUUUUAGGGUUGAGGGUUUCUGAGGACCGUCUGCUCUGCGUGGAGGGACAGAAGGACGGAAACUUUAAACGAUCAGGGCUAAGAAAGCUGGAAUAUGACCCGUACACUCCUGAAAUGAGAGCGAGCAUCGACGAACUGAUCAGAACAGUCGACGCUGCCUUGAAGAAGAGGAAAAUGUCCGGAGUUCCAGAGGAGUACAUGCCGAGAUGAUACACGUCAUCUCUGUUUCUCUUUUUUCUCCUUUAUUUGGACCGUUCUGUCAGCGGACUCUGCAACAUUCUUUGUAGGACAGCUUUAAUACUUUAUUUUUUCUCUACAGUCACAUUGAUUGAAGCUAAUGAGAGUCUCUUCUUUUUCACUUUUCAUUAUCUUUUACAUUCUCAGUUGGACUUCUGCAGCAUUCACAUAAAAAAACUGUUUUGAACUUUUUGGUUUGAAUGAAAAGCACUUCUUAACCUGCUCUAUGCACAUGUGCUGUUGGGCGUGUGCACAUGCCUUAACAUGUAGAAGGUACCAUAGCUGUGACUGCAGACUGUGCUGGGUGAUUUGUUGCCAGUGAUCCAAACAUUUGACCCAUAAAAGAUACUAAAAAUACUUCAAAGUAGGGUUGUCAUGAUACUGGAAUUUUAAACUCUGAUAUAAUAAUCAUAAAAAUAAAAUCGUAUUGAUAAAGGUUUAACACCAUAGCAGCAAAACUGGUAGACACCAAUAUUUGGUGCCACAAAAUCUGGAUUAUCAGAUGCAGUCUUUUGGUAGACAUCUCUUUGGGAGAAUAAAGUUCCAACUUAGCAAUUUCCUUUGUUUUGGUGAAGUCCACAAUAUUCAGUUUCUGCACGUGUGCAGCUUUUAGUACCAUCUAUUUUAACCAGACUGAGUUUGUGAUCGCCAGCUAACCGUACACUGGUUAAGCUGUUUGUCUGUAAUAAUACUGAUGAUGGCGCGCAGACCAACAGCCCAAAAGUUGCUCUGCAGACCUCCUCUGAUCCCGUGUUGUCUUUUAUUCUGGAGUUUUUAAUCCAACAUAUGCUUCUUAAAUUUUAUUUUCUAAAAGUUCCAAUAGGUAUAUUCAAAUCUUAGUCUAAAGCAAGGGUGUCAAACUCAAUCACAGCAGGGUCUGGAUUCUGGAUUCAAGUCUAACCUGAAGGCCUACCAGGGUCACCUUUUUAACCAUAAACUGUUAACCUCAUUUCACCAGUAAUAAAAUAUGA